AGUUUUGUCAAGUACCAUGUCUCCGUUACAAGACGACUAUAAAAGCCCUGGGUAAUAUGGGAAGGCCAAUUAGAAUUUCUUUAACUAGUGAGUAACUGGUAUAAAAUUAUACUUGGACUCCUAGCUAAGAGAGGAACUGUUCAACAUGAAGCUGUUAUUGCUGGUUGUCGGCUGCCUGUGGGUUACAACAACUCUGGGUAGACCAUCACAGAACAAUCUUCUUAAAAUCGUGCCACAUGCUGUUGAGAAGAGAGAUGCCGACUUGGCUCUUGACAAUCUGUUAGCUGAUGGACAUGGACACGAUGGUCAUACACAUGAUAACGACACUCACCCCCAUGAUCAAUCCCACAAUCACGAUGGGCAUCAUCAUCACUCUCAUACGCAUGGGGAUGACCACGAUCAUGAUCACCAUCAUGAAACGCACCAUUCGUCGUCUUCCCACGAUAGCCACAGUUCUGAUUCGUCACAUCACGACGAUACUCACCAUGACGGAUCCCAUCACUCAGGUCAUCAUGAUACCCACGGUUCUCACCACACGGAUCAUCAUGAUACCCACGGUUCUCACCACACGGAUCAUCAUGAUACCCACGGUUCUCACCACUCGGGUCAUCAUGAUACCCACGGUUCUCACCACUCAGGUCAUCAUGAUACACACGGUUCUCACCACUCGGGUCAUCAUGAUACCCACGGUUCUCACCACACAGAUCAUCAUGAUACCCACGGUUCUCACCACACGGAUCAUCAUGAUACCCACGGUUCUCACCACUCGGGUCAUCAUGACGAUUCUCACCAUACGCAGCAUCAUGAUACACAUAGUUCGUCAUCCCACGAUGAUAGCCACAGUUCUGAUUCGUCACAUCACAAAGAUUCUCACCACUCAGGUCAUCAUGAUACCCACGGUUCUCACCACACGGAUCAUCAUGAUACCCACGGUUCUCACCACACGGAUCAUCAUGAUACCCACGGUUCUCACCACUCGGGUCAUCAUGACUCACACGGUUCUCAUCAUUCAGGUCAUCAUGAUACCCACGAUUCUCACCACUCAGGUCAUCAUGAUACCCACGGUUCUCACCACUCGGGUCAUCAUGACACACACGGUUCUCACCACACGGAUCAUCAUGAUACCCACGGUUCUCACCACUCAGGUCAUCAUGAUACUCACGGUUCUCACCACUCGGGUCAUCAUGAUACCCACGGUUCUCACCACUCGGGUCAUCAUGAUACCCACGGUUCUCACCACUCGGGUCAUCAUGAUACCCACGGUUCUCACCACACGGAUCAUCAUGAUACCCACGGUUCUCACCACACGGGUCAUCAUGACUCACAUGGUUCUCACCAUGAUGGAUCUCACUCGCAACAUCAAGAUUCGUCCCACAGUUCUGAUUCAUCUCACAGCUCUAGUUCAUCGCACCACGACGAUCAUCAUGACUCACAUGGUUCUCACCACUCGGGUCAUCAUGAUACCCAUGGCUCACACCAUAACGACUCUCAUGGUUCUCAUCACAGCCAUACCAAUGAUACACAUGACCAUGAUGAUCAUCAUACACACGAUAACGACACUCACCAUCAUGAUGAUACUCACCAUACGCAGCAUCAUGAUACACAUAGUUCGUCAUCCAGCGAUGAUAGCCACAGUUCUGAUUCGUCACAUCACGAAGAUUCUCACCACUCAGGUCAUCAUGAUACCCACGGUUCUCACCACACAGAUCAUCAUGAUACCCACGGUUCUCACCACACGGAUCAUCAUGAUACCCACGGUUCUCACCACUCAGGUCAUCAUGAUACACACGGUUCUCACCACUCGGGUCAUCAUGACGAUUCUCACCAUACGCAGCAUCAUGAUACACAUAGUUCGUCAUCCCACGAUGAUAGCCACAGUUCUGAUUCGUCACAUCACAAAGAUUCUCACCACUCAGGUCAUCAUGAUACCCACGGUUCUCACCACACAGAUCAUCAUGAUACCCACGGUUCUCACCACACGGAUCAUCAUGAUACCCACGGUUCUCACCACACAGAUCAUCAUGAUACCCACGAUUCUCACCACACGGAUCAUCAUGAUACCCACGGUUCUCACCACACAGAUCAUCAUGAUACCCACGGUUCUCACCACACGGAUCAUCAUGAUACCCACGGUUCUCACCACACGGAUCAUCAUGAUACCCACGGUUCUCACCACUCGGGUCAUCAUGACGAUUCUCACCAUACGCAGCAUCAUGAUACACAUAGUUCGUCAUCCCACGAUGAUAGCCACAGUUCUGAUUCGUCACAUCACAAAGAUUCUCACCACUCAGGUCAUCAUGAUACCCACGGUUCUCACCACACGGAUCAUCAUGAUACACACGGUUCUCACCACUCGGGUCAUCAUGAUACCCACGGUUCUCACCACACGGAUCAUCAUGAUACCCACGGUUCUCACCACACGGAUCAUCAUGAUACCCACGGUUCUCACCACACGGAUCAUCAUGAUACCCACGGUUCUCACCACACAGAUCAUCAUGAUACCCACGGUUCUCACCACACGGAUCAUCAUGAUACCCACGGUUCUCACCACACGGAUCAUCAUGAUACCCACGGUUCUCACCACUCGGGUCAUCAUGACGAUUCUCACCAUACGCAGCAUCAUGAUACACAUAGUUCGUCAUCCCACGAUGAUAGCCACAGUUCUGAUUCGUCACAUCACAAAGAUUCUCACCACUCAGGUCAUCAUGAUACCCACGGUUCUCACCACACGGAUCAUCAUGAUACACACGGUUCUCACCACUCGGGUCAUCAUGAUACACACGGUUCUCACCACACGGAUCAUCAUGAUACCCACGGUUCUCACCACACGGAUCAUCAUGAUACCCACGGUUCUCACCACACGGAUCAUCAUGAUACCCACGGUUCUCACCACUCGGGUCAUCAUGAUACCCACGGUUCUCACCACACGGAUCAUCAUGAUACCCACGGUUCUCACCACACGGAUCAUCAUGAUACCCACGGUUCUCACCACACGGAUCAUCAUGAUACCCACGGUUCACACCACACGGAUGAUCAUGAUACCCACGGUUCUCACCACACGGAUCAUCAUGACUCACACGGUUCUCACCACACGGAUGAUCAUGAUUCACACGAAUCCCAUCACACGGAUCAUGAUGAUACUCACGGUUCUCACCAUGACGAUACUCACCACUCGCAACAUGGUGAUACCCACGAUUCACACCAUGACGAUACUCACCACUCGCAACAUGAUGAUACCCACGAUUCUCACCAUGACGAUACUCACCACUCGCAUCAUGACCACCAUGAACACAGAGAGAAAGAUAUUUCUGUUGAAGUUGACACUCACGUACAUGUUCGUCAUUAAGUUAAGCGUUAUAAUGAACAUUCUAAGGCCUCAAAAUCAAUUUUAUCAGAAUUUUUAUAAUAAAUAUCUAGUACUGAAGAAGAUAAACAAAUCGGACAUGGUUUGCUUAGGUAUGGUAGUAUUUAAACAAUUUAGAAUGAUUAUAUUUUUGUCCGGGUCAAUACUUGCUGUUUGAAAUGAAGAAUUUAUCGCAUAUUGUUUUUUAUUUUAUUUUGUGGCAAAUUCUGUAGUUUUCUUUAAUUUAAUUUUGUCAUUACUGAAGUUCUUUUUUCAUUAAAGCUCGGAAUGGUGCAAGGAAUAAGGUCAGUAAUUCGGUUGAAAAUGUGCUUCCGUGGUGUAGCGACAAAUGUCCAAAGUAAAUAGAUCCUAAUUUUCCCAUGUUUUUGCGCAAAUUCGUUUAGAACACACUUUUUCACUGCUAGAAUACAUUCUGCGUGAAAUGAGACGGUUUUCAUGUUUAUACACCCAACAUGGCAAAUUUUGCAGAUCGAGACCGGAAGUAGGUGUUUAUUGUGCGGACAAGAGCAAUGUGUGUCAUUUUUAGGGUAGCAGACCGCAACGGACUGGCAUUUCACUAGGAACUAUUCAACCCCCUAUUUUCUUUUCUUUUCUUUUCUUUUUUUCGUUAAUCUAUGAUAGAACUUUCAUGAAAAAUAGGUGUAGGAAAAAGUGAUGAUCUAUAUAAGAUACGUAAAGACGACCUGAAGUUGUCGUUUUUUAUAUGAAACAAAGAAGGAAUUGAAUUACUGACCUUCAACCUGCAAAGCUUAUAAUCUGGAGGAAACAUGUCUCUAAAUUAUAAAAAAAUAGGUCAUAAAAAUGCUAUAUAAUACUAAACAUCAUCAGUGGUAAUUUGUGUUUGAAUUACAUUUCUUGCUACAUGAAUUAUUAGAUUAUUUUAAGUUUUGAAUAAGUGUCGGAAUUUUAUGUUGCUUGUAUUGUAAACAAAAACGAAUGCAAAGACAAUUAAAUAUUUCAAACUAUUUUGCACUUUUUGUCUCUUGAGUAUAUUAAUUUUGUUCAUUUAACAUCACAUAAUAGAAACAAUGCAUAUGUAAAACAAAUAUAUGAAUAAAAUAUGUACGGUGUU